AUGGCUCAUACAAAGCAGACUGCCCGCAAAUCCACUGGUGGUAAAGCACCCAGGAAACAACUGGCCACAAAAGCUGCUUGCAAGAGUGCGCCCUCUACUGGAGGGGUGAAGAAACCGCAUCGUUACAGGCCUGGUACUGUGGCGCUUCGUGAAAUUAGACGUUAUCAGAAGUCCACUGAACUUCUGAUUCGAAAACUCCCCUUCCAGCGUCUGGUGCGAGAAAUUGCUCAGGACUUCAAAACAGAUCUGUGCUUCCAGAGCGCAGCUAUUGGUGCUUUGCAGGAGGCAAGUGAGGCCUAUCUGGUUGGCCUUUUUGAAGACACCAACCUGUGUGCUAUCCAUGCCAAACGUGUAACAAUAUGCCAAAGGACAUCCAACUAGCACGCCACAUACGUGGAGAACGUGCUUAAGAAUUCACUAUGAUGGGAAACAUUUCAUUCUCAAAAAAA